GGACACAGCGAAAGGGCGUUUCCGUUUCCCUUCGCGGCCUGUUCUGUCGGUUACCGCCUGCUGCGCACUUCUAGCUGAACGGGACGCGUCCUCUCCCCGGUGCUCAGGCGGGAGAGGCCCGAGCUGAACGCGUAAACAUCGGGCGUGGGACGCAUGAUUUUAAAGGACUGGGUGCUGCAAAUGGAAGCGGAUGGUUUUGUGCGCAGGCGGCGGAUGACAGCGGACACAUCGGGCGGCGAUGCCGCGGUGGCCGGAGCUUCCGCGGGCGCGGAGAUACACUGGCUCGGCGGCAGGUUCUGGGGUGUUUCCGAGAGUCUCGUCGGCACUUUGACACCUCGGAUAGCAGGAGAAACGGAGCUUCAUGUUGGACAUUUCUAUGGCUCCCAGGAGGCCAAUGAUUUCUCGGAACCGGACUAUGAGGGUUUGCCCCAGGGCGCCUCUACCAGCACGCACAUGUUGGCAGGGGCAGUGGCAGGAAUCAUGGAGCAUUGCCUGAUGUUCCCUAUUGAUUGUGUGAAGACGCGCAUGCAGAGCCUUCAGCCAGAGCCAGCUGCCCGCUACCGUAACGUGAUGGAUGCUUUGUGGCGAAUCGUGAGGACUGAGGGAAUCUGGAGGCCAAUCAGGGGUCUGAAUAUUACAGCUGUAGGGGCAGGGCCAGCCCAUGCACUUUACUUCGCCUGUUACGAAAGGUUGAAAAAGGUCCUCAGUGAUAUCAUCCAUCCGGGAGCGAACAGUCAUUUGGCGAACGGGACCGCUGGAUGUGUUGCCACAUUACUUCACGAUGCUGUAAUGAAUCCAGCUGAAGUGGUGAAGCAGAGGAUGCAGAUGUAUAACUCGCCAUACCGUGGCGUUCUGGACUGUAUGCGCUGUGUGUGGCGGCAGGAGGGGGCGCUGGCGUUUUAUCGCAGCUACACCACGCAGCUCACCAUGAACGUCCCUUUCCAGGCGUUGCACUUCAUGACCUACGAAUAUCUGCAAGAGCUGCUGAACCCCCAAAGACAUUACAACCCCUCCUCCCACAUGGUGUCGGGCGCGCUGGCAGGAGCCAUUGCCGCCGCCGCCACCACGCCACUGGACGUUUGCAAGACGCUGCUGAACACGCAAGAGUCUCUGGCGAUAGAUUCCGUCAGCCAGAGCGAAAGACAGAUCACGGGCCUCGGCCAUGCCUUCCGGACUGUCUACAGGCUUGGCGGCCUUCCCGCGUACUUCAAAGGCGUUCAGGCCAGGGUCAUAUACCAGAUGCCCUCAACUGCCAUCAGCUGGUCCGUCUACGAGUUCUUCAAGUACGUUAUCACCAAACACCAGCACGAGAAGCGCAGGAUCCAGAGGGACGGAGAGAAGUAAGCGCUCACAGCUGGCCUGACCUUGGCUUUCUCUCGCAUAACCAACCAGAUAAGCACUCGAGCUGCAAAAGGACUGAUUUAAUAAAUGAUACGCACAUAUAGAGUCCAAACACUCAUGUCUGUUUACUUCCUUUCAGUCGGCAUUUAAUACUGAAACUUUCCUGUAUAAUUCAACUAAUAAUCAUGACCUAAGUUCUCACUGUGAAGGCUCAAGGUUUUGUUUGCGACAUCCUACUUUGCACUUAACCCAAAUUACACCUCCCACAAGAGGGCAUCAGAGGCCUCUUUAGACUUUACAUGCUCAUGAGUGGGUGGUCCUUCAAGUUUGUGGGUGGGGUUUAGAGCCUCUAGACUUCUCCAAUUCCUAAACAGUACCUAGAACAGCAAACCUGACCCCUAGUUUUUUUUUUGUUUUUUUUUUUGUUAUAUAUAUUUUCCUAGCCAAAACCAAUACGCACAAGUCAAGACAUAUCUGUACAUUCAAAUUGGGAUUUUAAACAUCAUUAAAAUCAUUGUUUAUGGCAGAAUGUAGACCUGUACAGUAAUUUAUUGCCUUCUCUGGCUGAAUAGCACUCAGAGAUAAUGAAAGAUAUCUAUGUUAAAGGUAUUUUUUUAAUAUUUGGCGGUGGCUUUUCGUCAGCACUUGUGGGAAAUGUUCCUGCAGUUGAUCCAAAGUUCAGAGAUGGUAUCCCCUUCAUAACUUCUAGAAAUAGGUUUAAGGACACCGCAUAUAGAUAUGUAUAACAGCUUUAGGAAGACACACAGUCAUUUCUGGCCAACAUUAUUAUUAUUCAGUCAACAAUGCCUUAGACAUGCAGAUCACAUGACCUGAGUGUCAUUUAAAAUUUAGAUUCAGAUUUAAUCUGUUGAGGUCCUUCUGAGUAAUUCAGUGAAUAUGAAUUGGUCAUUUGGAAUAAUUUCUAGAUGGACACUGGAAUGUAUUUUGGUUUGCUCUUAACAUAAUUUGAGCUCUUGUGUUUGAGCUUCAGCUGGCAGUUGAACAUAUGAAGAGUUUUAUUGAUGAAAUCUGACUGCCCCGUUCCUUUUUGUUCCUCAGCUAUGAAUAAAUUAGCAGUGCAGGGAUUUCCCUGGCUUGCAAUGGCUGAUAUCGGUGUGAGUUUAAUUAUUUAUUCAUACACUUGAUUUAUUCAUGUACUAUAAUUCAAGUUUGGAGUUAAAGGAAUGUUCUGGAUUGACUCCGAUUUGGACUGGUUUGUAAAAAUAAAUGGCUACAGUAUAAUGCA